GUUACUAUGGUAGUAUACUUAUGUACAGUAUAAGUUUCAUAGUUUAAUUAGGUCUUUAAUUGUGCUUAACAAGUGCAAAAGUAUGACGUCCAUUAUCAAAUUUACCCCACUAGCUGGGGCAUUGAAUGAAGGACCAAACUGUUACCUUCUUCAAGUUGAUGAGUUUACUUUUCUGCUUGAUUGUGGUUGGUCAGAAGAUUUUGAUAUGGAUGUAAUAAACAAUGUGAUGAAACACAUUUCUCAAGUUGAUGCGAUGCUGCUAACAUUCCCCGAUAUCCAACAUAUUGGUGCACUGCCAUAUCUGGCUGGAAAAAUUGGGCUGAACUGCGCAAUUUACGCCACUGUGCCUGUUUAUAAAAUGGGUCAGAUGUUUCUGUAUGAUUUAUACCAAUCCCAUCAUAAUAUUGAGGAUUUUGACAAGUUUACACUUGAUGAUGUAGACAGUGCAUUUGAUAAGAUAACACAAGUUAAACACAACCAGACAAUAACCUUAAAAGACAAAGGGCUUGGGCUGUCAAUCACCCCUGUACAUGCUGGUCAUAUGAUAGGAGGGACAGCUUGGAAGAUAAUUAAAGAUGAUGAAGAGGGAGAGAUUGUAUACGCCGUUGAUUUUAACCAUAAAAGAGAACGUCACUUGAACGGAUGCUCUCUCUUUGAAAGCAGUGGUGAAACAUGGAGUGGAAAACCCCCUCAGUUGAUGAUAACUGAUGGCUAUAAUGCAAUGUAUCAGCAAGCAAGGCGUAAACUUCGUGAUGAACAGUUGCUGACUAGGAUUAUUGAGACAAUGAGGGGAGAUGGGAAUGUUUUAAUCGCAGUUGAUACGGCAGGUCGAGUGCUCGAACUUGCUAUUUUGUUAGAUCAGUUGUGGAGAGACACACGAUCUGGUCUGUGCGCUUAUUCCCUUGCCAUGAUCAACAAUGUGACUUACAAUGUGGUCGAGUUUGCAAAGUUUAUGGUGGAAUGGAUGAGUGACAAAAUAAUCAACUCCUUUACUGAUCAAAGGAACAACCCUUUCCACUUUAAGCAUCUUAAACUUUGCCACAACCUUGGGGACCUGGCACAAGUACCACAGCCGAAAUGUGUGCUUGCAAGUACAGCAGAUAUGGAAUGUGGUUUUGCGCGGCAACUGUUUAUCAGGUGGGCUGCAGAUCCACGCAAUACAGUCAUUAUAACCAGCAGAAGCACAAAAGGAACAUUAUCAAGGACUCUUGUUGAUGACCCAACUGUUUCAAGGCUCAAGUUAGAAAUGAAAAAAAGAGUUCCAAUUAUUGGAGAAGAGCUUGAUCAGUAUGAGCGCAAUCGAGCUGCGAAAAAAGCCACUGAAGUAAAGGUUUUUGAGGAAGAAUCCAGCGAUGAAAGUGACGCAGAGGAACCUGUCAACACCAUUCAGAAUCGCCAUGAUUUCAUUGUUCCAAACGAGGUGCCGAAAAAGAGUGGUAGCUUUUUUAAGCAACUAAAGAAAACUUUUCCCAUGUAUCCAUUCAUUGAACCUAGGAUAAAAUGGGAUGAAUACGGCGAGAUAAUCAACCCAGAUGACUUCAGGAUGUCCAACAUUAUUCAAGUAGAUGAGGAAGUAAAGGCGGAAAUAAUUAAAACAAAGAUGGAAGUUGAUAAAACAGACUCAAACCCUCUCCAAUCUGUGGUGGAAGAAGCUCCUACUAAAUGUGUCACUGAAACUGUGUUUAUUGAAAUGAAAUGCACAAUUUCUUUCAUUGAUUUUGAAGGUCGUUCUGAUGGAGAAUCAAUGCUCAAGAUAAUUCAGCAAAUUAAACCUCGCGAAGUCAUUGUGGUAAGAGCGGAUACUAAGACAACAAAAUAUUAUGCUGAAGCAAUUCGUAAAGCACUGACGUCAUCAGGAGUUGAAGUGUUCACCCCUGCUGUGAAUGAAGUGGUCGAUACAACAAAAGAAAGGCAUAUAUACCAAGUUAAGUUAAAAGACUCUUUAGUUGGAACCCUAAGAUUCUCUAACGCACGAGAUUCAGAAAUUUGUUGGAUUGAUGCUAAGGUCGACUGUUCGGAAAAUGUAAAUGAUUCUUCUAAAGUUUUGACUGAUUCACAAAUACGAGAAGCAAAGGAAAUUGCUGAUAAAGAAGAAUUUACUAUGGACCAUGAUGGUGAGGAUAUUAUUGCCUCACAAAAGAGUUCUAAUGCUAUAAAUACUCAAGUAGCAAAUAUCAUACCAUCUUUGGAGCCUUUGAGCAUUGAAGAUACUCCUGGACACCAAACUUGUUUCAUUAAUGAGCUACGGUUGUCAGAUUUCAAGCAAGUAUUAACUAAAGAAGGAUAUCAGGCAGAAUUCAUUGGUGGUGUGUUGGUGUGCAACAACAUGUUAGCAAUCAGGAGAAACCAACAAGGACACAUUGACUUGGAGGGGACACUCACUGAGGAAUAUUACGCAAUACGUGAUUUACUCUAUCAACAAUACGCUGUGGUGUAAAAUUGUGAACCUAUAGUUCAUAUAGUUCAAAGUGCUGCCUUGUUAUUUGGUUUCGUGCAUUGAUAAUGAAUUAUUCAAAUACUUUUUCAGCCAGUAAUAAAGUUUCCUUGAAUAUUUUGCCAACCAGUUUAAAUCUAUUCAGUGGUGCUUUGCAGUGAUGGGUAUGUUUUUUUCUACUUAAUUUUUAACCUAUUCCAAGUUAACUUUAAGGCAACACUACUGAAUAAGUGCUUACACUAUUACCACAAAAAUUCACAUUUAAUUAGAAUUUUUUUUCUAAAACAUUUUGUAUGAAUUUCAGA